UUAUAAAACAGUGUUAAGUAAAAGAAUACGUUACUUAACGUGCUUCGUUUUCUUCAAUACAUUAAAAGACCAUCCCUGCCCUCAUCGACGGCAUCACCGUCGGAAAUUUAUUAUUCCGAUCUACUUUAACCCGACUCAGCGACUAUCUAAAUCCAUAAUUCUCAACUUCUCCUUUGCCGGAACUUAAAAUGGAGGGAGAAUUUGUGAAAUCAGUUGAAGAUGGUGUACAUCUAGCGAAAAGGAUUUAUUUCGGCAAGGAUAGAGCGGUAGCGCCGCCAAAGCCAAUGACGGCGAUGGAGAAAGCGUCACUGUCUUACCUGCCGGAAUCUCCUAUGUUGUAUGCUGUGAUUGGUGAUCCUGCUAUCGUUGAUAACCCGGAUAUUCCGAGUUACCAGCCUCACGUGCACGGAAGGUGUGAUCCUCCUGCUUUGAUUCCUCUUCAGAUGAACGGAAUUUCACUUGAAGCUGAUUGUUAUUUGGAUACGGCGUUCAUCACUGUUACAGGAUCAUGGCGUGUGCAUUGUGUCAUGGGUAGCCGUAGCUGUGACUGUCGUAUAGCUGUACCCAUGGGUGAACAGGGUUCAAUUCUAGGUGUCGAGGUUGAGCUACCUAGGAAAUCUUACAGCACUAAAAUAGUUACCUUGGAUGAUGAAAGCGAAACAGAAAAGGUAGCCAAAAUUCAAGAUGGAUGCUUUCUGAAGCCCCACAUUUUUAUCCUUUCAAUACCACAGGUGGAUGGUGGAACCAACAUCUCUGUCACGAUUAGAUGGUCUCAGAAGUUAUUAUAUUGCAAUGGCCAGCUAACCUUGGACGUACCCUUUAGUUUCCCCGACUUCGUCACUCCAGCUGGAAAAAAAAUAUCCAAAAAAGAAAAGAUACAGCUUAAUGCUAACUCUGGUCCUGGAAUAGAAGUUAUAUGCAAGAGCACUAGUCACCCUCUGAAGGAGCGACAGCGUCAGGCUGGAAAGUUGGGCUUCUUCUAUGAAUCUGAUGUUCUAAAUUGGUCAAGGGCUAACUUUGUUUUUUCUUACGCGGUUUCCUCAAGUCAUACUUAUGGAAAUGUACUUUUACAAUCACCCCCACCACUUGACAGCGACCAGAGAGAGAUAUUUUGCUGCUCUCUUUUUCCGGGAGAUCAGCAGUGUAGGAAGGUCUUCAGAAAGGAAGUGGUAUUUGUUGUUGAUAUAAGUGGGAGCAUGAAGGGAAAACCAAUUGAGGAUACCAAACAAGUGCUUUGUACGGCCUUGUCAAAGCUUGAUUCUCAAGAUCUGUUUAAUAUAAUAGCUUUCAACAGCGAAAAAUAUCUAUUUUCAUCAUCACUCGAGUUGGCAACCAAGAAGUCUAUUGAAAACGCAACUCAGUGGAUUGGAACAAAUUUUAUUGCUGGUGGUGGCACAAAUAUUUUGAAUCCAUUGACUCAGGCCAUGGAGAUGUUUUCGUAUACCCAGCAACACAUUCCGAUUAUUUUCCUGGUCACUGAUGGAGCUGUUGAAGACGAAAGACACAUCUGUAAUGUUCUGAAGAGUCAUCUGAUGCAAAAACAAAUGAUAUGCCCACGGCUUUACACAUUUGGCAUAGGAUUGUUCUGCAACCAUUACUUUCUCCGCAUGCUUGCAGUGAUGAGUCGUGGCCACUAUAAUGCUGCUUAUGAUGUUGAUUCCAUUGAAGUUCGCGUGGAACAACUGUUCUCCAGGGCAUCAUCUGUCAUUCUUGCGAAUAUUGCCUUUGAGAACCUUGAUGGUCUUGAAGAAUUUGAGGUCUUUCCCACUCCAGUUCCAGACCUUUCAUCCAAAGGUCCAUUAGUGUUGUCAGGCAGAUACCGAGGAGUAUUCCCCGACACGCUUAAAGCUAAAGGAGUCUUUGCAGACUUGAGUAACUUCUCCCUGGAUCUGAAAGCUAUACAAACAAAGGACAUACCUCUUGAUAAGGUGUUAGCAAGGCAACAGAUUGAACUACUUACUGCUCAGGCCUGGUUGACUGAAAAUAAGGACCUUGAACAGAAGCUAGCACAAACAAGUAUACAGAACGGCGUCAUUUCUGAGUAUACACGCAUGAUAUUGAUAGAGACUGAUAAAGGCAAAGUAAUCACUGAAUCAACCUCCAAGCGGAAGGUUUCCACUGCUCCUAAGAAGAUUGAAGAGGCUAAAUUACAGAAAAAGACAUUGCUACAGAAUCUUGGGGCUGGUUUUGGUAACUACAGUGCUACAAUUGAAAAUAUUUCUCCUGGAAUCACCGAGACAAAACCUGAAACAGCAGAGAUUCUAGCGAAGGCAGCAUCUAAUUGUUGCGGAAAGAUGUGUGACAUGUGCUGUUGUAUGUGCUGUAUACGGACAUGUUCGAAAAUGAACGAUCAGUGUGCAAUCGUGCUGACACAGUUCCUGGGUUCUUUGGCAUGCUUAGGUUGCUUCGCUUGCUGUGAAUUGUGCUGUUCUGGAAAUGAUGGAUGAGAAAGUUAUUGCAUAGCUUCCUUGCAAUCUUGUUGUAUACAGUUUCAUACAUUUUGUGUAUCAUGGUUCUUGUGAAUAGUAUGUAUGUAUUUAUCUACAUACAAGUUUUACCAAUUGCUUUACUGUAAUGAUGUAGAAAUAUAACAUUGCAUGUUUGAUAAUCAGAGAAGAAUAAUGUUAAAUUAGA